AUGAUCUCUCACCUGCAUUGUUUUCUUCCAGACACAUAUUCAGUCUCUUCCAAUGACAAUGGGGGCAAGUCUGAUUCAGUGGCCAACUUACAACCUCAGCCGUCCCUCAACUCCAUCCAGAGCUCUCCUGGCCCCAAGCGCUCAACCAACACUCUGAAGAAAUGGUUGACUAGUCCUGUGCGCCGGCUGAACAGUGGGAAGACUGAGAGCAACAUCAAGAAACAAAAGAAGGUGCGAGAUGGCAGGAAGAGCUUUGACCUCGGCUCACCGAAGACUGGAGAUGAAACCACUCCUCAAGGAGAUAGCGCAGAUGAGAAGAGCAAGAAGGGUUGGGGAGAAGAUGAACCGGAUGAAGAGUCUCACACACCUCUUCCUCCUCCUAUGAAGAUUUUUGACAAUGAUCCAACCCAAGAUGAGAUGACCCUUGAAGGAGGAUCUUACCGAGGAAGCUUAAAAGAUGCCACUGGCUGCUUAAAUGAAGGAAUGACGCCUUCAACUCCCCCACGAAACCUUGAAGAGGAACAAAAAGCCAAAGCAAUGAGAGGCAGAAUGUUUGUCUUAAAUGAGCUGGUACAGACUGAAAAAGACUACGUCAAAGACUUGGGAACUGUUGUGGAGGGCUUCAUGAAGAGGAUAGAAGAAAAAGGAGUUUCUGAAGAUAUGAAAGGGAAAGACAAGAUUGUAUUUGGCAAUAUUCACCAGAUCUAUGACUGGCACAAAGACUUUUUCCUGGCUGAACUGGAAAAAUGUCUUCAAGAACCUGACCGUUUAGCACAGCUUUUUAUUAAGCAUGAGCGGCGAUUACACAUGUAUGUGGUAUAUUGCCAAAACAAGCCACGAUCUGAAUAUAUAGUAGCUGAGUACGAGGCAUACUUUGAGGAGGUUCAACAGGAAAUAAGCCAACGGCUAACCAUCAGUGACUUUCUGAUCAAACCCAUUCAAAGAAUAACUAAAUAUCAGCUUCUUCUCAAGGACUUCCUGAGGUACAGUGAAAAAGCUGGUCUGGAGUGCUCUGAUAUAGAGAAAGCAGUCGAAUUAAUGUGCCUUGUACCGAAACGUUGCAAUGAUAUGAUGAACCUGGGUCGCCUCCAGGGCUUUGAGGGCAAGCUGACAGCUCAAGGCAAGCUGCUGCAGCAGGACACCUUCUACGUGACAGAGCAGGAUUCUGGAGUUCAGUCUCGACCAAAGGAGCGUAGGGUGUUUCUCUUUGAGCAAAUAGUUAUCUUCAGCGAACUCCUUAGAAAAGGAUCUUUAACACCAGGCUACAUGUUCAAGAAAAGCAUAAAG